CGCUCUCGGCGAUCUUCGCACGUGGUCCGUCUGAAACGUAAUCCCCGUCGGCGCUCCACGCAGGUAGUGCGUUACACGUGUGUUCCCACGCUCGUCGAUUGGUAUCGACGCAUUCGUCGCGGUGGAAGGAAAUGCCCAGACACUGCUGCGCCCAACGCUGUUAUAACAGCAUCGUCGGUCGUGACUCGCCGUCACACACGUUUCCCAAAGACGAGAAGGUGCGUAAACUUUGGAUACGUGCCUGUCAGCCAUCACGCCCAGCCUGGAAACCUCUAAAAAAUGACUUCAUUUGCGCGGACCACUUCGUCGACGACGAUUAUGCGACAAGCCCGGCUGUGCUGAAAAGCCUCGGCAUGCCGCUCAAAGGGCAACGCCUAAAGCCUGACGCUGUGCCCUCGGUCUUUUCACGAAAACGCAAGGCAGGAAGGAUCAGCGGCGCGUUUGAAAAGAGGAGACGAAAAGAGAUCAUUGAUCAAAUAUUGCAAGAACAACCUACCACAGAAAGAGCCUGCCACAGAGAAGCAGUUCACAUCCAAGGACCACAGUGUGAUGCUUGCGAAAUGCAUACACCUCCAAUUGAUCAUGUUCCGUUUGAAGAAGUCACCCAAGCAGUUUCCUGUGAACGCAGUGCAGAGGCAUGUACAAAUAGCAGGCAGAACAGUGAGUGUGAGGCACAUCAGGGGAAAUGCUCUGCAGCACUUCUCUAGCAAUUUGCAGCAGAACCUC